UUGGUGGCAUGGAGGAUGGAAGCUUUGAAACUUUUAGAUGUGAUUGGAAUCCUUUUAAAAGCAAUUUUUAUUUUACAGGACCUGAAAGGUACACUUGAGCAAGAAUUAGACUUCCUCAAUGAAGGGCGCAAUGGUGAACGAUGUGCUGAUGAACUUUCUAAAUUUAAGUUUGUUUAUGUACCAAAAGUUCAUUGGGAUUUGAGUAGCAAGAGAGUAUUAACUGCAGAGUUUAUAGAUGGACUUAAGGUCAGCGACAAAGAAGGUUUAGCAAAAGCAGGUCUUAAUUUAGUUGAUAUAGACAAGAAACUCAUCAAUGCGUUUGCAGAACAGAUUUUCCAUACAGGUUUUGUACAUGCUGACCCUCAUCCUGGAAAUGUUUUAAUUCGUCAAAGUAAACAUGGGGGAGCAGAAAUUGUGAUUUUAGAUCAUGGUUUGUAUCAGUUUUUACCUACCUCUGUAAGACAACCACUUUGUCGACUUUGGAAGGCUAUCGUUGUUGGAGACCAUGAGAAUAUGAAAGAAAAUUCAGCACAGUUGGGAGUUGCAGCUUCAGGCUAUAGAUUGUUUUCCAUUGCUCUCGUCCAGCGAUAUGUCUCACCACCUGGAGGCUUUGUUAGGGAUGUCUUUGACUUGUUUUAUGAUGAAAAGGGGCCAAAGUACAUAUCUCAUGCUGACUUUCAUAAGCUACCAGAAGAGGAGAAGAAAGAAGUCAGGAGACAGGUCAUGGAAGUUCAUGACCGAGUCUUGGAUGUCUUCCAAAAUAUACCUUCUGAUCUCUUUCUGAUUCUUAGGAACGUAAAUACCAUCCGUGCUAUUACCACUGACCAUGGUAACGUGGUAGAUCGCUAUACUCUUAUGGCACGAUCAGCCACUAGAGGAGCAUUUGUUGAACCCAAUGCUCCACUAAAGCAAAGACUUCGAGGCCAUUGGGAGCAGUUUUACUUUGAUUAUAAUCUCAAGAAAGAAGCUGUAAAGAUGUGGUUGAUAAGGAAAGUCUUUUAUAUACUGUACCUUCUUGGGCAAGCACCAGACAUAUCUGAGGCCAUAAGCUGAAUUUGAAGCAAAUUUUUAGCAUGGUACCAUAAUUUAUCUAUACUGAUAUUUUUUAAAGGCUAAUUAAUCAGUAUACAAGGUGGAAGAACUUGCGAGGUAAGGCAUAUGACAGUUAUUUAGUUUUUGAAAUUGUAAAUUUUGAACUGUUGCAAGUUUAUAAAGUACAUGUUUUUUUUUAAUUACUCGUUCAAAAAAAAGGAAAUUGAACAUUGCUAUUAUCAGCUUUGAAACAUGGUGUUGGCCCUUUUCUUAUGUAAUGUGCUUCAAAGAGAUAAAACACCAAAAGGGACAAAGCUGUUUACUACCAGGCAUGAAAGUUGAUCAUUUUUUCCAUUGUUCCACAUGCAGUUUUUAGUUGAAAAAUAUUGUUUAAGCCCAUAAUCAUUUCUUUCUAGAUCCUUUGAAAUUUUAUCUUAGAGUUGAAGCAUAAGUAAAAUUAAAUAUUUUGAUGGUAUAAGUUUUUAUUUUUGCCAUAAAUAAUGGGGAUAUUCAUAAAUUGUAACAAACUUGCCAGUCAGGAAUCUGUUAUAAUGUACUGGAAUUUUCACUUUUUUUUUGGAAGUGCAUUGCUGGCAGGAAAAUAUUUUGUUGUUACCUGUAUCAGUAAGUUGAUAAACUGAUUACAAUUCAAGUUUGUUUUGCAUAGUAUAUAGUUUUCUUAAAAUGAAAAAUUUAUUGAUAAUGCUGUACUUAUUUUUAGAAGGUUCUUUCACAAAAUGUGUUAUAACUUCUAUUGUAUAGUAUAUUUGUAUAACUCUUUUCAUAAGUAAAUUGUACAUAGACCAA